AACUCUGACCGAGAUGGCCAUUGCAGGGGAUGUGGCCCGGGUGACCACGUUGCCCAUAGACCUGGCGCAUUACAAGACGUAUAAGCCCGAGAAUCUUCUGGCUGCGGUCUCCUCUCUUUGCCUUCAGGCGGCUCAGAUGUCCUAUCUGGCGGACCAGAACGUCAACAAAAGCGAGGUGGACCUCCUUCUGGCUAAGGAUCUACUGCUGUCGGAGAGGGCUAAACUCCGGGAUGUUGAGAAGCGAGCUGCCGAAGCAGAGAGCAGAGCCUCCGAAGGAGCUUCCUUGGUGGCCAACUUGGAAAACCGUUUGAAGGAAUCCGAGGACCGGCGGGCAGAGGACUUGGGGGUUUUGGAGUCCCUGCGAAAGGAUGUUGGUCGUCUGGAGACCGAGAAGGUGGCUGAAAAGGAGGACUUUUCCAAGCAGCUUGCCGACAUAACCCGCCGGAACGAGCUAGCAAGCAAAGGUCUCCGGGACACUGUGGACGACCAGAAGAAAAAACUGGAGGAGGCCAACAAUCGGGCGAGGGAUGCUGAGGCUAAGGUUGCCCAAGCGGCUACUCGGGAGGAGGAUAUGUACGAGGACUUCCGACGAAUGCUGUAUGUCGGGGAGAUCCAGGUUGGGGAGUAUGUAAGAAGUCGGUUCGGGGCUGAUACCGAUGUGUCAAGUUUCAAGUUGGAUGCCGUGGAAUUACAUCGCCGGGCCAAAGAGCUGCCCGAAGAUUACGAUGUGCAAGCAGACAUCGAUGAAUACCUGGCUGACGACCAAGAUCAGGGCCCAGUUUAAAAUAACCAUAGUUGUAUUUUGCUUUGUUUUCGUAAUUUUUGAACAUCGUUUAGUUUUUGUUUUAUAGUUUUGAACAAUUUUCCUUGUCUUUGUAAAUUUUUGGGAUGUUUGAGCUUUGAGCUCUUUUUGCUGGUUUGAAUAUUUCCUUUCGUA